GCAGCGCUGUCCUGUGUUUUGGUUGGCUCUGAUAAACACCGACAGAAACAGGGAGGCCGAUUCGCUCCGGCUCGGACUGAGGCUCUGUGUACUAUGCUUGAUCCAUUAGAAAAUGGUCUGUUCGACAUCCCAGACUAUGAUCAAAUAGAAGAUGAAGCUUUCCCCCCUCUUCCGCCACCCCUGUCCCCUGGGGACGGUAACCUAGAGCAGGAUCCAUUUGCCAAUGGAGAGGGUGAGGAGCAAGGAGAGGUGUCGAAGUUACCCGAGGUUCCAGUCGCUAAAAGGCGAACAGUCAGGAGACCCCAGCCUAAACUAGACUCUCAGAGACUGCUAUCUGAAAGAGGACUUCCAGCGUUACGUACCUUGUUUGAUAAUGUCAAGUUUAAAGGCAAAGAACAUGAGGCUGAAGAUCUUAAGGUUCUCAUGCAGAAAAUGGAGAACUGGGCGCACAGACUAUAUCCCAAACUUCAAUUUGAGGACUUUAUCGAUAAACUAGAGGCUCUAGGUGGCAAGAAAGAUGUACAGACAUGUCUUAAACGAAUACGACUGGACAUGCCUCUGAUACAUGAGGAUUUCAUUGGAAAUAAUGUUGUUGAAGCUGAGGACCACUUGCAGGAAGAUGUAGAGCCGUUUGGAGAUGGGGGCUUCUCUGAAGAUCCUUUUAUCCAUUCCACUCCUGCCCCUGCACCUGCCCCAGUCACUCUUACUGAGGAGCAGCAGAGGCGCAUUGAGCUCAACAAACAGCUGGCUCUGGAAAAGAGGUUGGCCCGGCAAAAAGAGCAAGAGUCCUUGCAGUCUACUUUACCUGACGAACCUGCCGCAAGCCCCCCACAACAUUGCCUCAGCCAAGAAAACCAGGAAGACUGGGAAGAAAAUACAGAAAAAAACGACAUGCCUAUAAAACAAGAACCUCCCGCAUCACAGAGCUCCCCUCUGUAUGACAAUGAGAGCGAAAGCCCAGUUCCAGAACUGACUAACGGCAGAGAUGAUAAUAGCAAUUGAUUCCUAGUCCUUGUAUUUGUUCCAGCUUUUCUUAUGUGACUGCAAAGUGACUGCCAACAAAUCUUUCAGAGUUCUCUAAAGAUUUUACCAUUACAGCUAUUGAAUGGUGACAUUUGCAUUCUUUCUGUUAAUCAUGUUCAAGAUAAGCCAAACAUUCUGUUAAACUGUGCUUCUAUUGUUCUUGACAUUUAGUCGAACCAAUUCCUCUUCAUCCAAUGUCAGACUUCAGCAGCUCAUGGGGAGCUUUAGAAAUGAGCCAAAUCAACCAAGUCUGAAGUUCCCCUCUUGUGGCCUUAGAAAUAUCUAGAGUGUACCUGUCUCUUCCUUUUGACCUGCUUCUGAGUGUUGGUUUGCAUAGGCCUCUGUCCUCUGUGAGGACCUGUAUUUAGAAAAUACUCACCUCCACUCCACCCCUCCACCAUUCCUGUUCAUCAUCUUCUUAUAUAUACUGUGCAGAACUCUAUAAAGAGAACCAGCUGUACUCUUGAGGCUAGAGUUCAGCUUCAUUCCCAUUUGUGUAGUUCAUAGUGAUGUUACUCGAAUGUCACAUAACUGGGUUUCAUUUAUGGCAUAACAUACAUGAAAUGAUACACAUCAUUUCUUUGUGAUGUACAACAAUAGCUAACAGUCUCCAAGUGCAUGACCAGGGUUAGCGGCAAAUGGGGUGUAGCACAUGGUCAUACAGGCAACUGAUCCCCAAUGUCAGAACCAACAGGAGGUCACUCCAAUUCCAUGUAAACAUAGCCUUAGCUGACCAUCUGGGUUUGAAGCCUAAUUUAAUGGUCAUUGGUAGCUCUGAGAACGUUAUUCAAGCCCAUGUGAAAGCCUUCUGUCAAGUUUUUCUGUUUUCUAUGGUUUUAUCAUUCUUGUUCACAUGGCUUGCCUCAAGCACACUUUGUGUGUUAGUCAUUUCUCUUUUUAUCCUUUCAUUUCAGUGUUCAAAAUAAAGUGUUAACAUACUGUAGUUUAUUAAA